AGGAGGCAAUUGUUCUCCGGGAUGAAUUUAAAAAUUUGUUAUGUGAAAAAUUGCAUGGUCCUAGGAGCAAUGUUGGUAUAGGGGAAGUGAUAUAGCAUACACAUGUAACUCUUGUUUUGCUAUCUCUUCCUCUCUUUUUUUUUUUUUUUUUUUUUUUCUCUAGUGGCAGACAGCUUACUCAGCAAAUGAGUAUAAAAUGAACUUUCAAUAUUCUAUGCCAAUGAGCCCAAAUUCCCAAUUGAUGUUUGAUUCCCUAAAAGUGGUUUAGAAAGCUGAGGGAGAGAAGAAAAAGAACAAAGGUGUUGAAAAUUUUGCUUUGUCAAGCUGGUUUAUUAAAGAACAUGUUGCCCUUUUGUGCUGGUUGGGAUUGGAAUAUUAAAAUAUGGCUUCCCAAAGGACGUGCCUCCUUUCCUUUUACGGUUUUCAUCUCCAUAAGAAGGGAGGGCAAUCUGACUAUACCCUAACCAUUUUUCUCCGAUGAAAAUUCUGGUGGCAUUAGGGAAUAUAAAAAGGGAGAAAAUUGUAGAAACCCAGCGGAAUCUGACAGCCAUUGCUCGAUUAUUGAAGGGCUUGUGAACUGAAGUAUAUUAUAUAGUCCCUUUACAAGAGAAUCAAUACAUUCGCAACCAUACUAAAAGAAUAUUAGUGUCUGGGGCCGUAGAAAACUCACUCCACAAAGUCGAUUAAUCUAUUCAGACAAAAAUAAUUCUGUAACAAUUUACACGAAGUUUACAGUAAGACAAUAAAAGCAAAGAAUGAAAAACAAAAUUAAAGAUAGGAAGGGAGAUGUUCUCCAUGAUAUAUCCCUAUAUUAAACUUAGUAAAACAAAAGGAUUGAGUGUUUUUUUUUUUAUGUAGAAUGCUGAUGCACUAAAAAAAAUGGGAGCAUGCUAACAAUCUCCUGCUUGGGGAUAAAUGCGAACAAUAUUAUAGGACCCAGUUAUAACAGCCAAAUACUUUUAAACUAUGAAUAAAUGCAUGUCAAACUAUAAACUUGGCACUGUGAAUAAUCAAACUCCUCUAGUAUCUUUCUUCACUUCCCCAUAUGGAAGGUGAGGAUUUAGUCAGGGGAAGAGCCUAUGAAGGGUGGCCAACGAGAAACAUUAUGGUAUUGCCACGUGAAAGUCGGUUACUAAAUACACAUGAUACACAGCUCCACCUCUGUCUGUCUUUGUGUCUGCCUCUCUGUGCUAAACGACAAUUAACCUCUAUUUAGUAUUUAGGCGACAGUCACUUUCCUUGACUCUUCCAUUCUCUGCUUUAUCCAAAUCCCAAUUCCUUGUUUACACCCUCCUCUCCAUGUAUAAUGAAUGAUAUCUAAAUCCGAAAGAAAGGCUCACUCUGUUGCCAAGUGAACGAUCCGAUUUUCAUCCCCUGCCGUACUCAUUAUAGUGUUGAAAGAAUCACGGCCUACUUCAACUUUUCAAAGUUCCAUUUGAUCAUCUUUUACUACAACAACAAAAUCUUAUCCUUCUAAAAUGAAGUUGGCUGUAUAAAUCACACGAGUCAUGAUAUUAUUUGACAAGGUUACAAAUUAACUUGAACCAGAUAUUUUCAGUGUUACCCUUACUGACAUCUGUAAAGAUUGUAAAUUUUAUUCAUAAAUUUAAUCUUCAUUUCAAUUCACUAGAGGAAUAUGAUAAAUGUGCCCAUCCGAGUACUACCAUGUUUUUUUAGAUACAAUAAACUUAACCAACCUUUGAAUUAGGGGAGUUCCUGUAGUAAAGAAAUUAAGCAUCCUAUAUUUGAUUUUAAAAUUUACCAACUACCAUCCCUUACUGUAUGUUUAUAAAAUUAGUCUAGUUGGAAUUUAGUCAUUAUUCAAUAUAACAGUAUAACCCCAAGAAUGUGAUAACAAUGGCCCGUGGAGAGAAUAUUACUUUCCCAAAUCAAUAACCUCUUUCGGCAACCUGAUACCAAAACAACAAAACUAAUCACACAAAUGGUGUCUGUGAACAAUAGAAAAAGUAAAUUUCAGAAGCGUAAAAAAACAAUUUUCUUAAAGAAAAGCUGGAGCUAUAAUAGCCAUAUAAAAAAAGUCUAUGUAAACAUGGAGCAAAUUAAUAGAUAUUGACCAGUGUUGAAUGUCUGUAGAUACCGACAUAUGAAAGAAAAAAGAGUGUCAGUUAGAAAUUAGAAAGACAAGGAGGGUAAUUUGGUAAUUCCCGAAAUCCCGCUCACUAAUAAGUAAUAAUAAUCUUUGUUGAGCUAAAAAAAAUGAAGCUCUCAUUCAUGUUCAGGUGCUUUACUGUUAGCAGUUAACACAGUUACUUCACGAGCUGGUGCUAGUUCUGCGUUCCGUGUCUAUUAUUCCCCUCAAACUGCUGCAAAAUCUUUGUUGUUUAAUGAACGGUUAAAGUGUGUUUGUUUGAGUGGCAGAAUGUUAGAGGCAACAAGGUGGUUGUUGGGUGCAGGUAUUUUGAUGUGGAUGUUGGCAUGGCUGGGAGAAUCAGCAAUAGGGGUGAACUGGGGCACGGUUUCUUUUCACAAGUUGAAGCCUUCCACGGUGGUUGGUCUCUUGAAAGACAACAAGAUUCCAAAAGUGAAGGUGUUUGAGGCAGAGGCUGAUGUGCUUAAGGCUCUCAUGGGAAGUGGGAUUCAGGUGAUGCUUGGAAUACCCAAUGAGAUGUUGCCCCUCUUGAGCACUUCCCCUGCUGCUGCUGAUUCGUGGCUUCGCCAGAAUGUUUCUGCUUACCUCGGUAAAGGCGGUGCUGAUAUCAGGUACAUUGCUGUUGGAAAUGAACCAUUCCUCACUAGUUAUAAUGGUCAAUAUCAGAACUUGGUGAUGCCAGCAAUACUCAAUAUUCAGCAGUCUUUAGUGAAAGCAAAUCUUGCUGGUUACAUUAAACUAGUUGUCCCCUGCAAUGCAGAUGCGUAUGAGUCAUCACUUCCUUCACAAGGUGCAUUCCGGCCUGAACUGACCCAAAUCAUGACUCAGCUGGUUCAGUUCCUCAACUCAAACGGUACCCCGUUUAUUGUUAACAUCUACCCAUUCCUUAGCCUCUAUGACAACAAUGAUUUCCCGCAAGACUACGCAUUCUUUGAGGGAACUACUCAUCCUGUCACAGAUGGUAACAAUGUCUACACCAAUGCAUUUGAUGGAAACUAUGACACUUUAGUUGCAGCCCUGAGUAAACUUGGAUAUGGUCAGAUGCCUAUAGUUAUUGGGGAAAUUGGUUGGCCCUCAGAUGGAGCCAUUGGUGCAAUUAUCACUGCAGCAAAGGUUUUCAAUCAAGGUCUCAUAAGUCAUGUUUUAAGUAACAAAGGGACCCCUUUGAGGCCAGGUGCUCCUCCUAUGGACAUCUAUCUCUUCAGUCUUCUUGAUGAAGGAGCAAAGAGCAUACUACCAGGAGGGUUUGAAAGACACUGGGGGAUAUUCUCUUUUGAUGGACAAGCUAAGUAUCCUCUAAACCUUGGCCUUGGAAACAAGGAAUUGAAGAAUGCAAAGAAUGUUCAGUAUCUUCCAUCUAGAUGGUGUGUGGCAAGCCCCUCUACUGAUGCUCAAAAUGUAGCAAACCAUAUGAGAAUUGCAUGCAGUGUUGCGGAUUGCACCACACUUGAUUAUGGGGGUUCAUGUAAUGGAAUUGGAGAGAAGGGUAACAUCUCAUAUGCUUUUAACAGUUACUAUCAGUUGCAAAUGCAAGACUCACGAAGCUGCAACUUUGAUGGGCUUGGUGUGAUCACUUUCCGAGACCCUUCAGUUGGUGACUGCCGUUUUCUUGUGGGUGUCACAGAUAAAGGCUCCGAUUCCUCUGCUUCUCAGAUCAGAUGUCAUUGGUGGAUUCUACUAGCAUUUCUAGUUAUACAGACGAUCUCUUCUUUCUCAUUGUGAUUCAGAGGUUUCAUAAGUGGGUUUUUCAUGAUCACCUAUUCGAUAACUUAGAAGUAGCAGUCAAGUAGAAUAGCUUUAAAAAAAGAAUAUUUGAUAUUUAUGGGCUAAUAAUAUAUAGAAAAUAUUCGACUGCAUUCUUGGUCUGUUACCCAGCGUAGGAUCUAGUCAUUGUAUCAUAACACAAAAGGUGAUCCGAACACCAAAAAUAUACAAUAUUACACAUGAUUUAUCAUUUGUGUUUCUUCC